AUGGCCAACGGGACGCAGUACAACAAGGCAUACUACUUAGCCGAUGGGAUAUACCCUCGUUGGCCCGUGUUUGUCAAGACGAUCCGGCAGCCGGUUGGGCCGAAACAAACCUAUUUUGCGGCCAAACAAGAGAGUGCUAGGAAGGACGUUGAGCGUGCUUUUGGUGUCCUCCAAUCGCGAUGGGCCAUUCUUCGGUGCCCGGUUCGACAAUGGCACGAAAAUUAUGUCGCCUCCAUCAUGCAUGCAUGUAUCAUAUUACACAAUAUGAUAAUAGAGGACGAAGGAUAUUCUGCAGAGAACUGGGCACCGGAAGAGGGUGCAAGUACGAGUCACGGUGUUGCAACCGCCCCACUGCAGAUGGGUGUACCGCGUAGUGAUGCAUACUUGAUCCAACGGUUCGCCGAUAUGCGGAGGGAAACAUCGCAUACGACACUGCAGGCUGAUAUGAUAGAAGAGGUUUUGAAAUCGUAG